AUGUCAGCGGUAUUCUCGUGCGUCUACUGUCUCAACCGAAAGAUUGAGGCUGUGCGUCGUCUACCGGACACGAGGCCGGCGGCCAAUGACAGUUCGACCAAUCGACCGCGAAGACUGUCUAUUAAGCUCUCCAGUGGGGAGGAAAUAAAGACCUCGGGCUUCAUCGUCUCCGCGCUCAAUUCGCCCACUGCCUGGGUCCUUCCCCAAGUACAUCGGUAA